AUGGCCCAAACACUCAUCCAAAUCGGUGUAGUUGGCUGCGCCGACAUAGCCAAUAAGGUCUCACGCGCCAUCACCCUCGCCCCGAACGCCGCCAUCUGCGCCGUCGCCAGCCGCUCCCUCGACAAGGCUUCAGCAUUCGCCGCCGCCAACGCCGUCCCUCUCACCGCCAAACUCUAUGGCUCCUAUGAGGCACUUCUUCAGGACCCCGACGUCGACGCUGUCUACAUGCCACUCCCCACCAGUCUCCACCUCCCGUGGGCAGUGCUCGCGGCGCAGCAUAAGAAGCACUUGCUUCUCGAGAAGCCCGUGGCCCUCGAUGUCGCCCAGUUUGACCGCAUUCUUGAGGCCUGUGAAUCCAAUGGAGUGCAGUUCAUGGAUAACACCAUGUGGGUCCAUAACCCCCGCACCCAUGCCAUGGCUCAGUUCCUCAACGAUGCGCACCGUUUUGGUGACCUCAAAUCGGUUCGCACCUGUUUUACAUUUGCUGCUGAUUCUGAUUAUCUGGAGAACAACAUUCGUGUGAAGGCUGAUCUUGAUGGUCUUGGUUCUCUGGGUGAUCAAGGGUGGUAUUGUAUUAGGGCAAUCCUGUUGGCAGCUAACUAUGAAUUGCCAAAAAUAGUAGUAGCAUCUCGUGAAGCUGUGCUUAAUAAAGAUGGGGUCAUAUUGGAUUGUGGGGCUUCUCUAUAUUGGGAAGAUGGGAAAGUAGCAACCUUCCAUUGCUCCUUCUUGGCGAACUUGACAAUGGAUAUAACAGCCAUUGGGACAAGAGGAACUCUACAUGUGCAUGACUUUGUUAUACCUUAUCAUGAGAAGGAGGCAUCGUUUAUGGCUGGUACAGAAACAAGCUUUGAUGAUCUUGUCACUGGGUGGGCUAAACAACCAAGCAAGCACACAGUGAACACUGAUCUCCCUCAGGAGGUUCUUUUGGUUAGAGAAUUUGCUAACUUGGUGGCACAAAUCAAAUUCAAAAACUCAAAGCCUGAUAAGAAGUGGCCCACAAUUAGUAGGAAAACUCAACUAGUUUUGGAUGCUGUGAAGACUUCAAUUCAGAGGGGUUUUGAGCCUGUUCGGAUUCAGGAGUAA